UCACGGGCAAGGGAGGGCCAGAGUCCGGCCUGACUCGGAAGUCGAAGCCGCGCCGGUUGCCAUGGCGGCCAACUGGGGGGAGGUGUGCGCCCUGCUGCUGGUGUCCGUGCUGUGGGGUGUCACCAACCCGCUGCUGAAGGCGGGCACCGCGGGCCUGGACGCGGUGCGGAGCCAAGGCCGGGGGCCCGGGCCGGGCCGGGGUCAGCUACCACAGCUCUUGGAGGAGAUGAAGUUCUUGGCUCUCAACUACAAGUACAUGGUGCCCUUCCUCCUCAACCAGUGUGGCUCCCUCCUCUUCUACAUCACGCUGGCCUCUGCAGAUCUGACCCUCGCCGUGCCCCUCUGCAACUCGCUGGCCCUGAUCAUCACGCUGGGAGUCGGGCAGUUCUUCGGGGAAGACAUCGGUGGAAAACGGGCGGCGGUGGGCCUGCUGCUCACCAUCUCCGGCCUGGCCCUGUGCAUAGCGAGCUGUGUGAAUGACAGUCAGUGACCGUGGCCCGGAAUCCCGCAGAGCUACAGGGAAGCAGGCGGGGGUCCCCAGCGGGGCCGGGAAGCCGAAGGCCCCACGGCCUUGUGAAGGUGGAAAGCCAAAGGGCCCCUGGCCACGAGCUGGUCCCCGCCUGCCGCCGCCUCCCGCCCGCCCCCGUCCCCGUCCCCGCAUCCAGCCCCGUGACUCACUGAGGCCCCAGGCAGAGCUGUUGCCACCGCCGCCACCAAACACGGCCGACACUCGCCUCUACUGCCGUCCCUCCGUGGCCCAAGGGCGCCGGCCCCUCGGGAGCCGGUCUUGCCCGCGUGUCAGAGGAGGGGGCGUCGGGGUGCCAGGUGCGGGGUUCGGGAGGCUGGGGCCGGGGCCGGGGCCCCCUCUGCAGGUGCCAGCCGCCCCAGGAGGCCUCUGCAGAUCAGUGGGUUUUCUCAGCCGCAGCCCCGGGCCAAGCCAGCCCCGGGACGGAGGGGAGGCGUGGGCUGUUUCCGCUGAGGAGAGAGAGCGGGUCAACCCGCGGACAAAAUGGCCGCACCGGUGCAGCUCCUCGAGGAGCUUCAGAGGCCCCAGCCCUGGCGCACGCUUAGCCUUCAGCGAAGCCAGACUAGUGGAGGGGGUCCGAAGUCCUGGGUUCUAAUCCCGAUGCUGCCCCUUGCCUGUUGGGGGACCUCGGACGAGCCACCGCCUUUCUCUGGGCCUAAGUUUCCUCAUCUGCAAAAUGGGGAGUCAGUACCUAUUCUCCCACCUACUUAGACUGUGAGCCCCCGCUGGGAUAAGAGACUGUGUCCAAUCUAACAUCACAUUCAUUCAUCUGUUCGUAUUUAUUGAGCAUUUACCGUGUUCAGAGCCCUGUACUAAGCGCUUACACCUAACAAUAAAUGCUGCAACGAUUAAGGCGACAUUCA